GAUCACUUUUACCUGUCCAGUUGUGACAAUACGACAGGUAUAUCUGUUCAAUGGUGGACGUAAACAGCAUACGGAUUGACCACAGCGUGUAAACUUCGGAUUUGAGACAGACUUUCAAGUAGAAUCACCCAUUACAAAGGAAAUACUUCGUUUUGUGGUUGACAGGUACAAAACUACAGCUGAGGAUAUGGAGAGGCAAUCUCCUGCCUUGGUGGUGUCCAAGGAGGAGGAUGCUGUUUCCCACGGUUAUGUAAUGUAUGGCCUUGUGAAACCAGGAAAGGAUGGCAAGUGUAUAGAAUCUGCUGCUGCCAUGGUCAACGUGAUCCCCCGGAAACGAAUUUAUCGCAUGGGAACCGUAAACGAGUUGGACAUGUUUAAAUCAGAACUACUAAAGCGUCCCCUGGUGCUUCAACCAGUCAUAAAUGCAGGAACUGGAAUACAGAAGCUUAAUUGCUUCUUUCGUGUUCGUAAAGAAAAAUGGGUGAUUAUGUUGAACCAGAACAAUCCUAAGAUCAUGGGACGCAUCAUGAUGGGCAUCGACACCGCCAAGAAGCUCAUGAAACGGGGCGAGCCGUUCAUCCUAGAGUUUAUGCUGAGUAAUGUUGUAAAGCGCCUUUACUACUCGGCAAUGGCUAACGAGGCUGCCAAGUCAUACCAGUACAUUGACUGUCACCAUGGCGACCUCAUCAUCAGGGGCAGCGGAGACUCCUUCCAUCAGGGCAUGAAGUGGGAGGUCAAGGCUCAGCACAUGCAGUUUGAUUUUGACGACAUCAAUGACAGUGAUAUAAUGGUGCGGACACUUAGGGACGCAGCAUAUGAACGACAGUCACCAAAAAUACAGGUCGUUCCUGAUCGAGAAUUAAGGCAGAUCUUACCCGGCUGGUCAUUUGAACAAGUAGAGGAAGAAGAAAACGAAGAGGAUGCGGAAGAAGAGUAUGCUUUCGAAUUUGAAGGUAGUCAGGCUGCGUCUGUGUCAAAUAGCCAACAAGCUGCCCCUCAAAGGGGGCGUAUCAGGGGACGUUCUAGUCGUGGUGCUGGAGCUGCCAAGAACUACGAGGUGUCCGUAGAGUUACAUGCACCAAUUGAUGAGCAGGAGGAACCUCAGUGGAACUCCAAUGCUGCCGCACAUCAACGUUAUCAAACUGGUGGCAGUCAGUACACAAACCUUACCAAUGUACGCACAGACCAUGUCUAUGAGGAUACAAGUUCGCCCCCUAGUGGUGCUAACCACUAUUACCAGGGGAGUGGUCGGUCUGGUUCUUCCGCGGCAGAUAGUGGCUACGAAGGCGAGAAUGAUACAGGAGGAUUUGAGGACAGAAAAUAUGGCAGACUUUUACAGACCAAAAAUCAUACUGAAAAUAGACACGGCAGAGAUUACCCUACCAAUGAACAAAUUAGGGGGUAUGCUGACAAUGGACAGCAUGGUUACCCUGACAACAGGCAGGGCAGGGGUUACCCUGACAACAGCCAAGGCAGGGGUUACCCCGACAACAGACAGGGCAGUAGUAGUGCUGAUAGGGCAAAUUUGUUGUCUAAAGACAGGUACAAUUAUGAUAACCCUGCUUUCACGGCCAAUGACAAUUAUAAUAUUGUGGAGCAGUCAGUGGAGCGGAACAAAGCUGUGGCAGCACGUAUGCUCAAUAACCACUCGAGGGGCCACACAGAUCACCGGUCCCGCCAGGGAUACCUGCCACCAACCAACAUGCCUACCAUCAGUCAGAAUAUUGACACCCAUGAUGGACGCAUGGGGGAGAGCGCCAUCUAGUGGACUGUUUAAGUGUGAAUGAUAUGUAAGUUAUAUGGAAGAAAGUAUAAUUAACAAAGAUGAAAAAAUAGACGGACAAUUAGUAUACAUGGAAUACUUAUUCUGGAGGAAACACUGAUAUAGGUAACCUCAAACAUAAUUGGAUGGAUUGGAUCAUAUGGAAACAUGUUUACUUUGGUAAUUAAAGGGAAUAUAUAUUCAAAAUAUUUCAGUGAUAUUGCUUCUAAUCAAACUGGUUAAGGGUAAGUGUGAUUGUAUCAGUGAGUAGUGGUCGUGAGUGACAUUGUGUGUACAUGUGUUUGUGUAAGGUAGUAGCGAGGUGUUUGAGGGUGUAGGUGUUUGAGGAUGUAGGUGUUUGAGGGUGUAAAUGUUUAAGGGUGUAGGUGUUUGAGGGUGUGGGUGUUUAAGGUGUUUGAGGGUGUAUGUUAUAGGGUGUAAGUGUUUGAGGGUGUAGGUGUUUGAGGGUGUAGGUGUUUAAGGGUGUAAGUGUUUGAGGGUGUAAAUGUUUAAGGGUGUAAGUGUUUAAGGGUGUAAGUGUUUGAGAGUGUAGGUGUGUACAGGAGUUUUUGAGAGUGUAGGUGUUUGAGGAAAUAAGCAUGUUAGGGAAUAAGUGUUUAAGGGUGUAGGUGUUUGAGGGAAUAAGUGUGUUAGGGAAUAAGUAUUUAAGGGUGUAGGUGUUUGAGGGAAUAAGCAUGUUUAUAGCAGGGAAGGGCAAUGUUAAGAUACAGAGCCACAACGAAUUAUGUGCCAUAAUAUAUGUUGUAUGUGAUGAUGUCAAUUCUAUGUAUCUUAUAAGUAUGUUUCUGAUGGUGUACAUUUUAUAUAUGUUGUAUGUAUGUUGACAAAUGUUGAAAUUAGUAGGAUGGAUCAUGCAGCCACUUGGAAAAUGUAGGCGUCCUGAAAACAAUAGGCCCUAUAUAACCCACUUGUGUAAAUAUCUGUAUAAAAUAUAUAUAUAAAUCUCUGAUUAUUCACAUUUGUUGUGAUUGUCAGAUUUCCAGUUCAUCAUUAUAAUUAAGGUUCUACUUUUCCAGAUACAUUCCAGGCACUUUUUUGGCCCUUUUUUAAUUUGCAUUUAUUAUGUAGUAUUAUUUUGACAAUAUUUACAUAUAGUAUAGGUGUCAGAGUUAAACGGUCCUUUUCACUCUAUCACAAAAGUGGGAUUAUAUUUAUCAGAAAAAGUCUUCCAAUAAUCCAAAUUAACACACAGUUGUCUAUAUUGGAAGGUACAUGUAUACUGUAGAAAUACUAACCAUAUUUUAACACACUCAAGUUUUAGGGAUUAACUGAAUUUAACAGAUUUUAACAGAUUUGCACAUUGAUGAAUUAUCUUUCAAUAUAUGCAUUAAAAACAAUAUUCAGAAACUUCAUGUAGUACAAUAUUUAAGAGAGAGUACUUAGCUCAUUCACCCCUGAAAUUUGAUAAUGAACUAUUCCAACCUUUGAAUUGGAAGGGUUCAAAUGUGUCUUCAGGGGUCGAUGAGUUAAAUAUGACUACUGCUAAAGGGUUGGUUUAUAGCACGCAUAUAUAUCAUUGAAUCAAUAGAAGUAUAAAUGGCAGCAGAAUUUGAUGAUAUUAUAUUAUUCAAUUAUAGCCUUUAGCCGAGGUCGAUACCUGGAUUUAUCAACCUGAGAAAAGAUAUAUUGA